AACCCCCUUUCCCUUCGGACUGGCUCUUCUAUCCUCACUUUCAAUGGCCCUUUCCUCCUGUACUCUUCUCUUUUACGAGUUUCUCCGUUCUGUCCUUCCCUUAUUUUCUUCUUCUCCUUGCUUUCUCUCGUAUUUUUUCAGAUCUACAAAUUGGGGAUUCAAUGAGAGAAUCAGACCAGCUUUUAUUAAUGCACAAAAAUGAAAACUCACAGAUUUUAUCUUAUAGCCUUUCCGUUAAUCUCCCAAGUUGUCCUCUUCUUUCUCUGUAGUUUUGUUUUAUCAUCUAUUUCUCAAAAACUUAAAAAAAUAUUAAGAAGAAAGAAUUAGAAAGGACAGGGCAGUCUUUGUUGCAUUGCCGAAUUGUUCAAUAUCUUCCGAUAAAUCCCAUCAUGUUUGUGCGCAAGUGGAAGGCGAAUGUCAAGAUUCUGAGUAGACAAGUUGGAGACCUGGAGGAGGAGAAACAGUGCGUGCAGCGCUACAUUGAUGAUCCUAACAAAAGCAGUGCACGAUCUGUAAGUCCAAAGCUGGAGUGGGCUGAAAAUGCAAAAAAAUUCAUUGACAAGGCAAACGAAUUAGUAAAGAUAGAAAGUGGAAAUGCAGAUGAUGAUAAUGGAGGACAUGGGACGAAGCAGAACUGUGCGUUUGGGCUGUGUCUUGGUCCCAAGUCUCCUUACAUACUUAGCAAGAGGGCAAAGCGGCGCUGCAAGGAUGUUGCUAAACUUGUGCAAGAAGCUCGUGGAUUCGAGGAAAUCACCCCUCCCUAUCGACAAGAGAAAGAGGCAGUUAGUGUUUUCGAGCACUUGGACUCGAGAAAGGAUGUUGUGAGAAACAUCUUGGAAGCAUUGAAAAGUCCUAGCACCAACGUGAUAGGAGUGGACGGAAAGCAGGGUGCGGGGAAAACACUGCUCUCUGGAGAAAUUAAAGCAAAAGCCGAGGGACAGAAGCUCUUUGAUGCGGUUGUUAUGCCAACUCUGAGUAGGAAUGCAGCAGACUUGCCAAGAAUCCAAGGCGAAAUUCAACGUGCCUUGGGUCCGGAUCGUGUUUCAGUUUCUAAUAAACUUACAACACAUCAGGAGGCUGAGGCUUUCAAUCCAAGGAAGGCAAGAAGAACAGAAAAGGAGGUCCUCGUGAUUUUGGACAAUAUCUGGGGGGCAGAAAUAUAUUACAAGUUGCGUGAUAGACUUCCUUUGGUAGAAGAGAACGAGGGGAGCUUAUUAUCUUACAAAAUUUUGUUGACCUCUACAGAUGAAGCUGUUCUAUCUGAUCUAUCUGAAAAACAAUUUGAAAUUAAGCUAUUACAAGAAAAGGAGCCAGAGCAGCUGUUUAAAAGAAUAGUUGGCAAUCCCACUGAAAGCCUUCGUUUGCAAAUUAUGAUUGCUCAGAAUUGUGGGGAGUUACCCCUUGCUGUUGCAACAGUUGCGAAUGCCUUUAAAAAUAGCAAUCAGAUCAGUUGGAAGACUGUCAUACGAGAGCUUAAACGCUCCAAGACAGAACAUAAGCUACAGUUAGCUCUCGAGAUAAGUUAUAGUUGUUUGAACAAGCAACUCCAGCAAACUUUCUUGCUUUGUACGCUAAUGGAUGAUAAUGCAGCCAUUCAAGACUUGUUAAAGUAUGGUGUAGGCUUGGGCUUAUUUCCAAGAGUCAACUCUAUAGAGGAAGCACGAGGUGAAGUGCUGAAUUCGGUGGCUAAACUCAGAGAUUCUUUGUUGUUGCUGGAUAGUGGUAGCAAUCUGCACUUUAACAUGCCUGAUCUCCGGGAUAUUGCCAAGUUAUUUGCUUCAACAGAAGUUGGACUGGAGAAUUGGUUGGAGGAGAGCCGGAAGGCGGAGAGCCGGGAGGCGGAGGAGAGCCUGGAGGUAGAGGAGAGACGGAAGGCAAUAGAAAGCAUCAAAUGGAUUUUUUUAUCAAAUGAUGAUGCUCAUCGGCUUCCAGAUGAGUUGAACUGUCCGCAGCUCACUUUAUUUCAUUUGUCUGAACAGGAUCCUUCUUCACCAAUUCCACCAGACUUGUUUAGAGGAACUGGAGAACUCAGAGUCCUCGGCUUGACUAAAACUUGGUCAAUGCCUCAGUCAAUUUCCCUUCUAAAUAACCUUCAGACCCUGCGUCUGGAUCGAAGUGUGUUAAAAGUUGAGGACACGGGCGCAGUUAUAGGAAAGCUGAAGAAUUUGCAAGUCCUCAGCCUUGUGGGAUGUGAUAUCGAAGAGCUGCCAGAGCAAAUUGGGCAACUAGCUGAGCUGAAGUUGUUAGAUUUGAGUGACUGUAACAAUCUCAAAGUAGUUCCAUCAGGUGUCUUGUCAAGUUUGUCCAAAUUAGAAGAACUAUAUAUGAGAAACGGCUUCGAUCAAUGGGAGAUCGAGGAUGUUAAGGAGCAGGAAAAUAAAAAUGCUAGCCUUUCUGAGUUGAAGCAUUUGAAUCUAACUGCUAUAGAGGUGCGAAUUAAUAUUCGCAAUAUCCAGAUGAUUAAAGAAGACCUGUUCCCUGAAACUUUGGCAAGAUACAUGAUUCUUGUAGGAGAUAUGUGGCACUCCUGGGACAGUUCUUUUGGAAGUUCAAAAAUGUUGAAGCUCAUGCUAGAUGCAAGAAUUAGUUCCGAGCAUUCAGUUAACAAGUUGCUAAAGAAGACAGAGGAACUACAUCUACAGGGGUUGAGUGGUGUCAAUAAUGUUGUUAAUGAGUUAGAUGAGGAAGGUUUUCAAGAAUUGAAGUAUCUCUUUAUCCAAGAUGCUCAGAAUAUUGAUCUAGUUAGCAGUAACUCCAUGAAGCCAGCAUUUCCGAAAUUGGAGGUUUUAGUUCUCCGGAAUUUGGACAAAAUGGAGAAGAUAUGCAAUGGUUCGGUUAGAAGAUCAUCUUUUAGCAAUUUAAGAAUGAUAACGGUUGAAUUUUGUAAUCUACUAAAGAAUUUGUUCUCCUCCUCAAUAGCCAAACGAAAUCUUCUCCAACUCCAAGAAAUUAGAGUGAUGAAGUGCAGCAAAAUGCAAUGGAUUUUUGGUGACGAAAAUGAUACUCUUGAAGCAACAAAACUGAAGGAACUGCGAUCCUUGCAAUUAGAAGAUCUACCGGAGCUGAUUGGCUUCAGCAGUAGUUGCAAGAGAAUGAAACUUUCCAAAGAACAGGUUGGAUCUUCCCGUGCUGGUAAGCGGAUUGCAUCUUUCAGUGGUGAUAAACUGAAGAAAUUGAUCAUCAAAGGAUGUGAUACUUUAGAAUGCAUAUCCUCAUCUUCUAUGGCUGGAGGUCUAAGUAUGCUGGAACACCUUGAAAUAAGGAAAUGCAGCGGUAUGGAAAAGGUCAUUUUUGCCGAUAAUAAUGAAGAAGGAAAGAAGUCGAUAUUCCCUCGGUUGAACAUUUUGCAGAUAGAGGACCUUGAUAACCUCGUCAAUUUCUACUCAGAAAAUUGCAUUGUUGAAUUCGAAGCAUUGAAGAAACUACAUGUGCUGAACUGCCCAAAAUUGGAGGUAUUCAUUGCAAACACAGAGUCACUCUUUAAUGAACAGGUUGAGUUUCCCAGCUUGGAGUUUUUGAGGCUAUCUUCACUUAACAGUAAGCAAAUCUGGCACAUUUCAAGUGAAAAAACGGUUUCUGUUAAAAACUUAAAAAAGUUGGUUGUGGAGGGUUGUGGUAACUUGGAGUAUCUAUUGAGAUCCUCCAUGGUUGAGAGUUUUGAACAACUCAUGGUGCUCAAGAUUUCUGACUGUAAGAUGAUGGAAGAGGUAAUAAAGGAGGAAGGAGGGAUGUGCGAGAUUUUCUUUCGUGAGCUGGACACCCUAGAACUUGAAGACCUUCCCAAACUCACAAGAUUCAAGUGCCCUCCUGCUGCCAGUGUUGACAAGGUCAGGUUUCCCAAGUUGAAGUUUUUAAGCUUGUCUUCAAUUGACAUUCAGCAAAUCUGGCAAAUUUCAAUUCCAACAAACUCUUUAGAAAAGCUUUUUGUGGAGGAUUGUGGCAAUUUGAAAUAUCUGUUGAUGUCUUCUAUGGUCAAUAGUUUUAAACAACUUAAGGUGCUUAAGAUUUGUGACUGUAAGAUGAUGGAACAGGUAAUCGUCUUAGAAAGAUCAGAGGAAAAUGAGUGUAAGAGUUUCUUCUCUAAACUGGACACCCUAGAACUUGAAGACCUUCCCAAACUUGCAAGAUUAUGUCAUGGGAAUUACCUUAAAUUUGAAUUCUCCAACCUUAGACAGUUCACCAUUAGCAAGUGUGCUGUGUUGAAGAAGCUUAUAGGAGACAUUGCUGUCAGUGAUGAAAAUGCAAAAAAUACUUAUACAUUGUCUCUCUUUGAUGAAAAGGUGGAAUCCCCUAGAUUAGAGCGGCUGAUAAUCAAGUUUAUGGGGAGUUACAACAAGAUAUGGGAUGACAAAAAUGAUGCAAAUUCUUGUUGCAAACUAAAUUCUCUUACUGUGGCUUCAUGUGAAAAGCUGUUGAAUAUUUUUCCAUAUAGUAUGCAAAAAGAAGUACUACAAAAGCUAGAGACACUGGAGAUAUGGAAUUGUGAUUCACUAGAAGAGAUAUUUGCUGAGAGCCAACAAGAAGCUCAGGAAACCACUACUAAUUCGGUGAAAAUUGCCCGAGAGGUUCUAUUUCCAAAAUUGACACAUUUAAAUCUUUUUAAGCUACCCAAACUGAAAGGCUUCUUCUCUCAAAUGCAUAUCAAUGAAUGGCCAUCGUUGAAACAAUUAUGGGUGUACGGAUGUGAUGAAGUUCAUAUAUUUGCUUCAGAACUCCCAAGUUUUCUAGGAAUAAAUGGAGAUGACAGACUUCAGAUUCAGUGGAUAAGCAAGAACAUUUUGCUAUACCAAAGGAGUGGGAAGAUAUGUUACAUGCUACCGGCAGGAAGCCUCAAUAUUGGUCAUGCUGAUAAUCCUAGUUAUUGGAGGUGGAUCGAUGGCGGUCCUGAAUAUUGGAAGAGGAUCUCCACACCCAAUUCCAGGUCUCUCUCUUGAUCUGUCACAACCUCACACAGACACACAGACAAAGACACGCAUGCACAAACUCAUUACUCAUACACACUUACAACCAAAAGAAUUCAAGCUAACAGACACUUGCAUUGCACAGGUUUUUCUUUAAUUU